UGUUGCGAAGAAAAGUCUUGUUUUUCUUUAAACAGAUUUACGGAAAUUUUUGCAAGAAUUUAUCACUAAUAAGUUGUAGUAAAAUGAAUACCUUAGGUCCGAAAGAGGAUGGUGGUCCAAACGUAGAAUUUUUUAAUUCUCCCGAAUCAUUGCAAGGCUUUGAAACAAUACGUUUAUGGCUGCAGAAAAAUUGCAAAAAGCAAUUAGCUAGUGAACCCAUAACUAAGGAGAGUUUAGCACAAUUGUUGAUUCAAUUUCUCCAGUAUGUGGAAGCUAAAUUGGGCAAAAAUUCCACAAAGCCGCCAGCGACACGCAUACCGAUGCGUUGCUUUAUGGAUUUCAAACCGAAUGGAGGUCUAUGUUAUAUAUUUGCCGCUAUGUUUCGCUUUCGUGACAAGCAAAAAGGGAAGAAAUUUGAUUUUACAGUCGGCAAGAAUCCCAUUAAAGAUCCAAACAUUCAAUUGCUGAGUGAUAUUGAGCAGGAAUUGGUUGAAGCAGAUCUUUAUCGAAUUCCGUAUAUCUAUAUAAGACCUGAAGUCGAUCUGGACAAGCAAUUGAGCACACGUUUGCGAGAAAUCUUAGCUACCCGUCGCGUGGAGAUAGUUUCAAAUGAAGAAGAUGCUACGCAUAUUAUUUAUCCCGUGGUCGAUCCGCACCACGAUGAAUACGCUCGUCCCAUUUUCAAACGUGGAAACCAUGUUAUGCUGCAUUGGUACUGCUUGCCGGAAUCGUAUGACACUUGGACGCCAAAUAAUUUCGAUUUGCCUGAUAAUAUACCCGAAAAUCCCGAGUCGCCAAUUGAACGCUGGCGAGUAUCGGCUUCAUGGAUUUUAGACUUGGAACAAUACAACGAAUGGAUGGCUGAAGAGGAUUAUGAAGUAGACGAAGCGGGUAAAAAGAAAAUGCAUAAGCAACGUUUAUCCGUAGAUUAUAUAAUGUCAUUUGGAAGUGAUGAUAAGAAAAAGUCGAGCAGUACAGGGGGAACGAAACAAAAGCGCAGACGUUCGCCUUCACCUGGGCCAUCAAAACCUGGCAAACGUAAGCGUUCUCCAGCCGUACUACAUAAAAAAUCUCGUAAUGAUGAUGACGAUGAGGAUUUAACGCGUGAUAUGGACGAUCCAUCUUCAGAAACAAAUUUGCAAGAAGUUAUUAAAACAUCAUCCUUGCAAUCCACUGCUAGUCCUGCACUUGGUAAUAAAUCUAGAGGUGAUAAUGAUAUGAUGCCAAUAAAAGGGGGUACAAUUACCGAUUUGGAUGAUGAAAUGACUGGAGGUAGUGCUGCGCAAGCUUUGUCUACUUGUGAUGGUGAAAAUUCACAAACUGGAAAGACGAGCGAUAAUAGCAAUACGCAAGAGUUCUCUUCAUCUGCUAAAGAAGACGUGGAAGAUAAUGUUACUGAGCAAACACAUCACAUAAUUGUCCCGUCAUACUCGGCCUGGUUUGAUUACAAUUCAAUACACACAAUUGAGAAACGAGCUAUGCCCGAAUUCUUUAAUUCGAAAAAUAAAUCCAAAACACCAGAGAUUUAUAUGGCUUAUCGCAAUUUCAUGAUUGAUACUUAUCGACUCAAUCCUACUGAAUAUUUAACCAGCACAGCCUGCCGUCGAAACCUCGCUGGCGAUGUGUGUGCUAUAAUGCGUGUUCAUGCUUUCCUUGAACAAUGGGGAUUAAUUAACUAUCAGAUUGAUGCCGAAUUACGUCCCACACCCAUGGGGCCACCGCCCACCUCACAUUUUCAUAUUCUAUCGGAUACUCCAUCUGGUUUGCAAUCACUGAAUCCGCAAAAGACUCAACAGCCAUCAGCUGCUAAAACUUUGCUCGAUCUCGACAAAAAACCUAUAAUUACAGCUAUAAAAGAAGGCAAAGAGGAUUCGUUAGAUAAAGCUCCGGUAACUGUAAAAACGGAACCUCUGGAAAAUGGGACAAAUACUUCAAGCCAGUUUGGCCUAAAACUGGAUCAAUAUGUAAAAAAACCGGCUGCAAUCAAAAAUCGUACCGCAGCAAAUGUGUCACGUGAAUGGACCGAUCAAGAAACUCUUCUACUAUUAGAAGGAUUGGAAUUGCAUAAAGAUGACUGGAAUAAAGUCUGUGAACAUGUUGGCACUCGCACUCAAGAUGAAUGCAUACUGCACUUUUUGCGUUUACCCAUUGAAGAUCCUUAUUUGGAAGAUGAUGGCGGUUUUCUAGGUCCUUUAGGUUGCCAACCGAUCCCUUUUAGUAAGACUGGCAAUCCAAUAAUGUCUACGGUUGCAUUUUUGGCCUCAGUGGUUGACCCAAGAGUAGCGGCGGCCGCCGCUAAAGCUGCGAUGGAAGAAUUCGCGGCCAUUAAAGACGAAGUACCAGCCACCAUAAUGGAUAAUCAUAUGAAAAAUAUUGAAAAGGCCUCGACAGCUGGAAAAUUUAAUCCUACUUACGGCUUGGCUAAUACCGGUAUUGCUGGCACUGGAACCGACAAAGAUGAUGAUGAUGUUAAUAACGCUGCUACCGUAGGCACAGUUUCUGCUGAUGAAGAUAUGAAGGAUAUAAUAAAGAAGGAAGACAUGUCGGGUGGAACGACAUCUAUUGAUGUAAGAGGGGAGGGUGGAAUUGAUGGUGAGACUUUAAAAGAAAGUGAGUCUAAACAAAUAUUUAAUGAGGUGAACGUGCAAACAGCUGCAGCUGCUGCGUUGGCUUCAGCAGCAGUGAAGGCAAAACAUUUGGCGGCAUUAGAAGAACGUAAGAUCAAAUCUUUAGUUGCGUUAUUGGUAGAGACUCAAAUGAAGAAAUUGGAGAUAAAAUUGCGACACUUUGAAGAACUUGAAACUACAAUGGAACGUGAACGAGAGGGCUUAGAAUAUCAACGACAGCAAUUGAUUACUGAACGUCAACAGUUCCACUUAGAACAAUUAAAGGCAGCUGAAUUUAGGGCGAGACAGCAAGCCCAUCACCGUUUACAAGAACAGCAAUGGCAAGGAACAUCACCAGCAGCAGCUGGAUCUACUUGUGCAAGUACUUUACCAGCUGGCAAUCAUUCCAUUGUUGGAGGCCAACCAAACGCCGGAUCACAAAUAUGUUCUGGCAGCACUAUGCCAAGCGCUCUUAGUGCUUCUCAAGCAUCUCCCCAUGUUAGUGGACCAAGUGCUGCGACCGCUUCACAUGCCGCUGCAACUACAGUCGUAGGUACUCCACUAUCCGGGCAAGCAACAAUGUCUAUGGAUGCCAGUCCCGCAGUAUCACUCGCAGUAUCAGACGGUUCGCAAGAAUCUUGCGUCACAAAUCAACAACCGCUGCAGACAAAUCCAACGACUCCAACGAUUACUUCUUCUUAAAACUUUGAAAUGUAUUAGUAUUAUUAAUUUUUACGCAGCUUUUCCAUUUACUAAUGCGAUUUUAAUUUUAUCCAAUUGAAGACGAUAAAUAGUCCAUU